AUCAUUUUUAUAUAUUUAAACCAUAAAACGAAGGUUCAGAUUGAGAAAAAUGCAACACCUACUCAAAAUUGUUCAAGUACACUCGAUGUGGAAAACACGAGGAGUAUCAUGGCAAAUAAAACCUCCACACCGAUCAAGGAUUUCUCCGUGUUUGCACAGAACUGCAAAAUACCCCGUGUUGAUUCAUUUUCUGCAGAAGUGAUGAGAAUUUUUAAGCCUCCCAAAUACAAGCAAUGUGCCGAUCAGCCUGCCUUGGUCACAGUUCAAUAUAAUCAGCAGAAGAAGAAAUAUAUUGUAUUCUUCAAUCAGUCUCUGCCCACAAAUCUAUUACAAAACAUUUCUGACUAUGGCUGUGUCUAUUACGACAUAGUUCGAUUAAGGAAUAACUCUCUUACCUGGAAUAGAAAACCGGUUAAUUUUCAGCAGGCUUGGAUCGUGCCUCGUCACAUUGAAGGUAUUGUUGUGGAAUGCCAUGAACUGUGCAACAAAUCGAGAGUCAUUCAACGAGAUGCAUUUUCCUUUGUCCAGUAUCCAGCAGGUCGGAGUGAGAAGAGCGAUGAGGAACGCAGUCGAACUCAUCCUAGUGUUAUAAUGCUGGGCAUUGACUCAAUGUCUCAGAUGAACUUUCAGAGGACAAUGCCACUCACAGCACAAUUUGUGCGCCAGCUGGGAUGGUUUGAGAUGCUUGGUUACAACAAAAAUAGCGAGAGCACUUUCUCCAAUCUCUUUAUUCUUUUGACGGGCUCAACAUGGCAGCAAACUUGUGGUCACAAGACACCAGGUUGUCUAGAUGCAAUCACUUAUCUAUGGAAUCACUUUCACAAUGCCGGCUAUUUGACUGCUUAUGCCGAGGACACUUCCACCUUUGGUUUCAGUCGACAGCCAGUGGAUUACUAUCUACAUCCAAUUGUAGAUGUUAUAGAGCAGGUCAUGGGUAGUGUCAUAAGCUCUGCUGUCGACUACUGUACGGGCAGCAGGCAACUUUUUCGUUAUGUAUUUGACUAUGGCCUUCAACUGGUGCAGCGUUUUGUUAAAGAUACGACAAAGCCAAUUUUUGGGUUGUUCUGGACAAGUAGUUUUAGUCAUGAUGACUUUAGGGGAGCGGCGAAUGUGGAUAAGGAAUUUGUGAAUUACCUCGAGCAAUAUAAGCAGCUUGGCUUAUUCGAAAGAGCAGUUGUCAUUCUAUUCAGCGAUGAAGGACAACGCCAAGGACCUCUAAUGAAGUUGAAAUCAAGUUUCAUGGAGGAGCGAUUACCCAUGCUGCACAUCUACUUGCCACCGUGGUAUCGACAGCAGCAUCCAGAAGUCGUACAAGCGCUUGAAGUGAAUCGUCGUCGCCUGAGCUCCACCAUAGACCUGCAUUUGACCAUUAAGCACUUUCUGCUGCAAGUGCAUCCUCGCAUGUCCUUUGAGUCGAAGUGCUGGCACUGCCGGUCGUUGCUUCAAACGCUGCCCGACAACCGCAGCUGCCUAGAAGCAAAUAUCCCGAAACACCUGUGCACCUGUGAGCCACAUACCCAAGUACCAAAAAGCGAUAUAAUGCAGAACUUGGCCAAGUUAGUUGUCUACCGCAUUAACAAAUAUCUCGAUAGGAAUUCUUAUGAGCGGCACUGCUAUCACUUAGAGUUCGCUAAAUUGUUGAGAGCCGAACGUAGGCAGCAUUUUGAUGAUGAUGGCCAUGAGGUGUCGCCGUCUGACGGAGUUUACUCAUAUCUGCUGAUGUUCACUACCAAUCCAAAGGGACUGUUUCGGUCCACUGUUUUGUCCAACGAGGAAGCCAAUGUUGUAAAAGUACGCAAGGAAUUCGUAGAGCGCCUUAAUUCCCAUUUAAAUGAGUCGCACUGUAUUGAAAGCUUCCCAGACAAGAAGUUUUGCAUUUGUAAACCAGAAACAUAAGUCACAUUGCCUGUUUCUUAAACAUAACAAUUGUCGCAUUGAGGAUUUCUAUGUCUACCGACCUUAAGAUACGUUUCUCCAGGGUAUUGCAUAUUCUUCUCGAUAAGGCUAAACAUUCUAAUAUGAUGUGCUUUGAGAAUUCAUCCUUAUUGUUACAAAGUCGGGAAUGUUUUCAACGGACUAAACCCAUAUAAAAAAACUCUAGGACUUAUUGGCAAGUUAUUCAACGAUUUUGUGUGCUACUUGCUGUAUUUUCUAGCUUCCCAAAAGAUUAGUUGAGUUAAUUUUGUACAUAGUAAAUUUAUUGUAAUU